AUGAAGAGGCUGCUCGUACAUGUAUUAGUGGGGACAGUCGGUUGGAGCAGCUUGGCAGAUGGAUCGGGUGUAGGCAAGCCGUGGUACAGCGCCUUUGUGGUUCCAUCAUCAUCGUCAUCACGGCAUGUCCCUCUGUCCAGCGUGGGUGGGUUCUUCCAGUUCCCUCAACCGUGGAAACAAAAGACAAAACCAAGGACGAUUGUCAGUUCUACGGCUGAUCAAGACAAGACGGACCCUCCAGUACCAUUUUUCUUUGCAAAAAAGCCUGCACCAAAAACACCCAAACCUCCUGAACAUCCGCCCAUAAGGAGAUCGUCCUUCAUCAAGGGGGUAACGGAGUUGACAGUCCAGGAAGAAACUGUGAUAUCGCCAGUGGCUGCGAACAGCUUGGAAGAAGAAAUGAAAGAAGAUCCAAUAAUGGCAGAAAAAGAAGCGGAGCCUACCCCAUUGGCUACACUGCAAAACUUGGAAGACGCGGUGGAAACAAAAGAGAGCAUACACACGGAACCUGUGGCUCAAACCCCCACAACAAUUACUGCAAAGCCCCAAACUAGUAGUGGAAGAUCCAAAAGACGAAGAAAUAGGGCAUCCGCCAGAAUUGUCCAGCAGCAUGAAGAAAGAUCCAAAAAUGGUGGUGAUGGUGGAGGCAUUGGCUCGUUUUUCUCCUCCUUCUUGCCGUCUCGCACGGAUGCAUCAUCAUCCUAUGAAUCCAUUACGAUGAUAUUUUGCUGGCAAAAAGAAGAAGAAGAAGGAACGCGCCAAAAAGAAGAAAGAGUUGGAUGA